AUGAAGCGUUUCGGCCUCAAGAAAUCGUCUAACGACGACGACGACGAUUCCAACCGCCGUGCUCUAUUUGGAUCGAAGUCGAAGAGCAAGAGUCCUGCGCCGAAUCCCUACGCAAAACCUAUUCCUGCGGACCCUUACACGAGAGCAAAAGCCAACCUCGGUGUAGCACCCCCACCUCCCGGCGUGGAACUCCACAACCCAGCAAGCGGUGGAAUUCCCGGCGAUAACAAGGCUCAAAUUCCAGCCGAUAACAAAUACCAAGGCUACACGCCAAACUCGUAUGGCGGCCAGGGCGGAUACGGAGCGAAUCGCUAUGGUGGCGGCGCGGGCGCUGCUCCAACGUCACGAUACGGACCAGGUGGUUAUGGCGGAUUAGGCAGCUCUGACCCCAACAACCCAUCGGGCGGUGAUGACAACAGAGCCGCUCUCUUCGGCGGAGCCAGUGAGAGAGCUGCGGCGCAACCCGCCAAUGCACCACCUCCGUAUUCCGAGCAACAGGCUGGCCAGCCUGGUGGUGGGUAUGGCGGCGGAUAUUCCGCCGAUACCUUCCAGGAACGCCAUCUCACUGCUGAGGAAGAGGAAGAACAAGAAAUCCAGUCCGUUAAACAAGAUAUUCGAUUCAUCAAGCAGGGCGACGUUUCAACUACCCGAAAUGUUCUCCGUAUUGCUGCACAGACCGAGGAAACGACCCGAGAGACGCUCGCCCGUCUUGGUGCCCAGGGCGAAAUGAUUCACAACACGGAGAAGAAUCUUGAUGUCGCUACUGUGGAGGGCCGCAUCGCAGAUGAAAAAGCUAAAGAACUGAAGACGUUGAAUAAGAGCAUGUUCGCUGUGCAUGUAUCGAACCCGUUCACCAGCGCCCAGCGAAAGAGAGAGCGCGAUGAGCGGGUUAUGAACAACCACCGACAGGUGCGCGACGCGCAAUCGGGUACUCGGAGUGAGGCGUACCAGACCAGCCAGCGCAUGGAGCGAACAUUCAGAGAAAUCGAACGUGAAGACAGAAAGGCCCCGAAGCCGAAGAAGACAUCUGUCACCGAACGUGCCAAGUAUCAGUUCGAGGCAGACAGUGAAGACGAAGCAAUGGAGGAUGAGAUUGAUCAUAACUUGAACUUGAUUUCGGGUGCCACAGGCCGACUGAAUCUUCUGGCGAAAGCGACAGGUCGCGAGCUGGAUGAGCAGAACAGGCAUUUGGAGCGCAUCACUGGCAAGAGCGAGAACGUCGACGAUCAGCUUGCCAUGAACCGCGCCAGGUUGGACCGCAUU